GAUCACAGAGAGCAGCUCCUCCGAACAGACCCUGACACUGAGCUGACSAUGGAUGGAGACUUCUUUAAAAGCUGGAACAAUAAGUAACUGGACGUUUUAUGUGGAUGACUCCCCCCCAACCCCACCCUCCCCCCUAAAUAUCACAUUUCCAGCUCUGAGACAACYAUGAAGAAAAUGUGGAGACUUUUCAGCACCGACCUGACUUGUGUUUUCCCUGUUUGGAAUCAGUGGAUUCUGRGCGCCGCGGCUCUCUUCUGUUUGUUGGUUCUGCCCGUCAGGAGUGACGCUGGCUGCCCGUCGUCCUGCGCGUGCACCGGAGACACGGUGACCUGUCUCUCUUACGACGGGGACACCGAAGUACCCACGGACAUCCCGACGUGGACGUCCACUUUGAUACUUCACGGGAGAAAUAUCUCCACUUUACACCAAGGUGCGUUCACGGCCAACGGCACCGAGGCGGGGAUAAAAAACCUCCAGCUGUCCCAUAACGGGAUCCGGGUUAUCGAGCCGUACGCUUUCCUGGGACUCCCGCGCUUACGUUCACUGGAUCUGAGUCACAACCAGCUGGAGUCCGUCUCGUCCCGGGCUUUCCGGGSACUACCCGAGCUGCGCUCUCUGUACCUGAAUUCUUCCGUCUCGCCUGGCGCCGCGGCGCAGCUCUCGCACGCGCUCAGCGCGCAGAACUUGCGGAACCUCCACCGGCUGGAGUUGGCAGGAAACGGCCUGAAAACCAUCCCGCUGGAGAGAUUGGACAUCUACAACCUCCACGCCUUAGUGCUGACAAAUAACUCAAUAGAGAACAUCAACUAUGAGAACAUCAGCAGUUUGUAUGAGCAGAGGCGCACGCGCGUCUACUUGGCUCUGAACCCGUUUCGGUGCACCUGUGAGCUGAAGGAGUUUUACUUCUGGUUGAAAAACUCAUCCCAGUGCCCGGAUGCUGGGGAGCUUCUGUGCAGGGAGCCAGAGGCCCAAAGGGGGGUCCUUGUAGAGAACCUCCAUGGGGAGGACUUGGAUUGUAUGAAUGAGAACCCGGAUUGUAAUAAUGAGAACCCGGACUGCAUAAAUGAGAACCUGGAGGCGGUCUCCUAUGUGUUUCUGGGGAUAGUGUUGGCCCUGAUCGGGGUGGUGUUUCUCAUGGUUCUGUACCUGAACCGGAGAGGCAUCAAGAGGUGGCUGAACAACAUCAGAGAGGCGUGCCGGGACCAGAUGGAGGUGUACCAUUACCGAUAUGAGCAGGACACUGACCCCAGACUGGCCAAUGUGGCAGUUUAAUCA